AUGGACGCCUCCUACCGCCGCUCAGGUGCGGGCGGUGGCGGCGGCUCAGCCCCCCGCACCGUCGAGGACAUCUUCAAGGACUACCGCGCCCGCCGCAACGCCAUCCACCGCGCCCUCACCCACGACGUCGAGGAGUUCUACGCGCAGUGCGAUCCAGAGAAGGAGAACCUGUGCCUGUACGGGUACGCUAACGAGGCGUGGGAGGUGGCGCUGCCCGCGGAGGAGGUGCCCACCGAGCUGCCGGAGCCGGCGCUCGGGAUCAACUUUGCGCGCGACGGGAUGAAGCGCAGCGACUGGCUCGCGCUCGUCGCCGUCCACUCCGAUUCGUGGCUUGUCUCCGUAGCUUUCUACUAUGCCGCGCGGCUCACCCGCAACGACCGGAAGCGUUUAUUUGGAAUGAUGAAUGAUUUGCCAACCGUGUAUGAAGUCAUCUCAGGUAUGAGACAAUCGAAGGAGAGGGACAGAUCAGGUGGUAUUGACAACAGCGGUAGAAACAAGCUGCCAUCAAAGCAUACAGUCGAGGCGCCGCCACCACCACGUGCAGAAAAUAAUGCCAGGGAUGCCGAUGAAGGCUACGAUGAAGAUGACGGCGACCACAGCGAGACCUUAUGCGGAACAUGUGGUGGCAUAUACAGCGCCGAGGAAUUCUGGAUUGGGUGCGACGUGUGCGAGAGGUGGUACCAUGGCAAGUGCGUGAAGAUAACUCCGGCGAAGGCGGAGAGCAUAAAGCAGUACAAAUGCCCAAGCUGCAGCUCCAAGAGACCUAGGCAGUAG